CAGACCGCAAGAGAAAAUCAGUCUAAUUGGCGGAGAACGAGACGCACGGCUUGGUCGAAUUUUUGUCAAGACUCUAAACAGGACUUAGCAUGGAAACCGUACCUAAACGGCGGAUAAAAGAUUGAAAAGAGAAACCUUAGUCAGAACACUGAUAGGCUGCCGAGGAUUUUACCGACCAUUUGUCGCCCAAUCGGGCUAUGCAGUAAAUAUACUGAAACACUGACGAUGAGUAAUAACAUUACGUUAUUUGGAUCAGAAUGCAGUUCUGCGUCCACGUACCUAAAAUGGACUUUGCGGUUGGUUUACUCAAUCAUAUUUAUCCUUGGUUCGUUCGGAAAUGCAGUUGUCUGCGUAGCGAUUCUUAAACGAAAAGGGACUCAAACCAGCUGUAACAUAUUUACAUUCAAUCUUGCGUUCCACGAUCUGAUUCUCGUCCUCGUUUACGUUCCAACGCAAAUGAUUAUAUUUGAAAACUGUUAUCAAUGGGUUCUUGGAAGUUUUAUGUGCUAUCUGGCUUACAUAAUACUCCCCUUGUCACUGUCUGUGUCCAUCGGAACUUUACUGGCCAUCACCGCUGACCGAUAUCGUGCGAUCGUAUUUCCAGUAAAGUCUAAGCUAUCCAGGAGGCGGGUAAUGUGGAUAAUAGCUGUCAUUUGGGUUGCAUCGGCCGUGACCGCCUUUCCCCUUCUGUUUGUCACCAAAUUCUAUUCGCCUCAGCCUGGGAGAAAGCAUUGCGAAGAGGUUUGGACAUCGCCAAUAUUACAAGAAAUCUACUGGAUAUUAAUGUUUUGCAUUCAGUAUCUGUUGCCCUUGAGUAUCAUUGCGGUCUUAGUGGGCAUAACGGCUUAUUCUUUGAGGAAAAAUGCACUUCCGGUUACUAUGGAGACGUGUGCUCGAAGCGAGGUCUUUAGGAAAGCUAUUCAACGAAGAGCCAAACAAAUGCAGCGGAUAAGAAACAUGCUCAUCGCCCUCGUCUUGCUCUACGCCAUUUGCAUGCUACCUCAGCACGUGGUGUUCACGUUCUGGUUGAGAUACGGGAAUUUGACAAAUACGAGUUACAGAGAGAUGGCAUACACCAUAGCUAACAUCUUCCCAAUAGCAAACAGUGCGCUCAACGCGAUUGCAUACGGAACAUUGAACAAGGAGUUCAAGGACGUUUUCAACUUUUUGUUCAAAUGCACUUGCUUCAAGAGUAGUGGAGACAUUUUAAGGAAACCUACGACUUAUGAGACAGAAAUUAAUGUGAAAAAGAAUGAACGCGGUUCAUUUCUUGAUCACGAAUGGAAAAAUGGACGAGAAACCAUGGUUUCUCCUCUUCCAAAAUUGAAAAUUAAAAAUAACGACACCACGCGGGACUCGUGCUACCGCGGAGAAAAUCAUGCGGCCGAUCAAGGACGUGUAGGUCUUUUAGCCUUUGGGGGCGUGGGCUGCAACAGAAGAGAGAGCCUCCAAUAUAUUUCGUCGGAAGAUAGAGAAGAGCUUCCGGAAAAGGAGACAGUCGUGUAAUACAUACAACUACAGCUUUUAUGAUGGAUAUAACUUGACAGAUUAGAUGGCCUCCAACGACUUGCUCAAACAUGGUAGCUUUGAUUGAGCAAUAAUCCUGCGCUAGUACUUGCGAUUUGGCUUUCGCAACUACUUCUCUUAACAAUAUUUAGAAGCAACCUUUCUUAUGGUAUUAACUAAUAAUUAACAACUAUUCACCUCAGUGUCGGUGGUUAGUGGUGGAUAUUUACCGAGCCGCGAAGCGGCGA